AUGCGUCAUUGCGCUCGCGUGCUCUCAAAUUUUAAGCGACUUGCCGCGAAGGAUCGGUCACGCUCGGAAUAUGUCGAGCAGUUAUUGGCAGACAUUGCGAGCUACUAUGGGUACAACGACUUUCUCACCGAAAAAUUAUUCCAUCUUUUCCCAGUGCUGGAGGCGAUUGAGUUCUUUGAGUCGAACGAGCUUCCGCGACCAGUCACUAUUCGUACCAACACCCUUCGAACGCGACGCAAGGACCUUGCACAGGCGCUCAUCGCUCGCGGUGUCUCUCUCGAACCACUUGGAAAAUGGUCUCCGGUCGGGUUACAAGUCUUCGAAUCGUCAGUUCCCCUCGGCGCGACACCGGAAUACCUUGCUGGACAUUACAUGCUCCAAGCUGCAUCAUCUUUCUUGCCAGUAAUGGCUCUCGACCCGCAACCAAAUGAACGUAUUUUGGACAUGGCGUCUGCUCCUGGUGGGAAGUCUUCAUAUAUCUCCGCCCUGAUGCAGAACACAGGUGUGGUCUUUGCGAACGACGCGAAUAAGUCGCGUACAAAGAGUUUGACGGCGAAUAUUCAUCGUUUGGGGUGCAAGAACGUCGUCGUAUGUAAUUAUGACGGAAGAGAGUUCCCGAAAGUUAUCGGAGGCUUUGAACGAGUUCUGCUUGACGCACCGUGCAGUGGAACCGGUGUCAUAAGCAAGGACGCUAGUGUCAAAGUCAAUAAGAGUGCACGCGACUUUGCACUCCUUUCACAUCUACAAAAGCAACUCAUCCUUUGCGCAAUUGACAGCGUAACCGCUUCCUCAUCCUCCUCACCUGGGAUUGUCGUCUACUCAACAUGCUCUGUCACAGUCGACGAGAACGAGGCUGUAGUCGACUACGCCCUCCGCAAGCGGCCGCACGUACAGUUACUAGAAACUGGACUAGCAUUCGGCCGCGACGGCUUCACACGUUACCGCGGAAAAGUGUUCGAUCCAAGCGUAAAGCUCACUCGUCGUUUCUAUCCACACGUGCACAACAUGGACGGCUUCUUUGUUGCAAAGCUCAAAGUUGGUCGUCCACAAAAGGGUGCGCAGAAGCGCACAACGGAAACCGAAAGCGGAAAGAAGAACGUGGAGCCAGUAGAAGCUGCUUCAGACGCGAUGGAUGUAGAUGGCGUGGCAUUCGAUGAGGAUGAAGAUAGACCGUAUCUUGAGGCAAAUAAACGACGACAGAUGAAGGCGAAAGGACUGCGUGUUCCUCCACGAACCGUGCAAGCAAGCAAGCCCGCUAGCUAG